AUGCAUCUCGUUGUAGUCUCUUCUGGUGAUCAAGAAAUAGGGAUAGAGGUGAACUGCACCAAAUACAACUUAAACGGUGCCGGGAUUGCGUGCACAAAGGAAUGGAGACCAAUAUGUGGCAUAGAUCAGAAAACUUACAGUAAUGAAUGUAUGUUCUGUUUCCUAAAUAGAGAUAAAGGAUCUCAGCUCAGGAAACUUCAUGAUAAUGAAUGCAGGGAGGUUGAGUGCACCACAUAUUCAGAAAUAUGCACCAUGGAGUACAUACCUCACUGUGGAUCUGAUGGGAGAGUAUAUGGCAACAGAUGUUCAUUUUGCAACGCUGUUGUGAUGAGCCGUGGCACACUUUAUUUUGUAAAAUAUGGACCAUGCUCUGAGUCUCCCUGA